AGCUGCGGUCAAGUCAACCGACAGUCCGGUCAAACGAGCCGAAAUCUGGAGUGCCCCCGUAUUCUGGCCUUUACGGUAGAUCGCAUUGACGCGAGCGAACGAGCCGACAUGCAGGGUCGGCGAUAUCCGGUUUUCAGAAUAAAAUGUCAACAUGAACGCGCCACCAUGGGAAAUAAGAUUGGAUUAUAUUUUCACAGGAAACAAACCUCUGAUAAACAGAAAUUAGUUUAUUGAUAUGACUUGAGACGUAGAGAAAUAAUUUCCUAUUCCUAUUGUCUCAUUUCUGUAUAUUUCAGCAUAUAUUGAUUAAUGAUAGGCUGAUUGACCAUUUGACAGAUUGCUCGGCAGAACGUCGCUUUUGUUGUGAAACCAGUUCUUGCGCGCUGUUACCGUAAUGCCUAGUAUAUACACGUAACCCAAAACAACGUGGGCUUUUAGUUGGACCGCGUCGUUCCGAGUGGAGGUUUGCCUGACUGCAGCGCGCGCGUGUGUGUGUGUGUGUAUAUUUGUUGUGUGUGUGUGUGUGUGAGGGGGCAAAAGGCACUUUUUUUAAUCGGGAGACCCAAGCAUACCUAACAGUAUGCGGUGCAGUUAUGGCAGGCAAGGGUAAGACAGUCGUGAGGACGCUGGAGGAUUUAACGCUUGAUUCUGGUUAUGGUGGAGCCGCGGACUCGGUCAGGUCUUCCAGCGUGUCGCUGUGCUGCUCCGACACGCAUCAGUCGUUCGCGCAUGGGGGCAACUGCUGGCAUCUGACGGAAUCCAUGCACAGCAGACACAACAGCCUGGACACGGUCAACACCGUGCUGGCGGAGGACACGGACAUACUGGAGUGCGCGGGCCAGUGCGCCAAGCUGCCCGAGCUGGAGGACGCGCCAUGGAGCCUCGGCGAGGUGGAGGGCGCCCUGAGGAAGGACGAGGAGCUGAUGGCGGGCAACCCGCCGCCGGAGGUGCUCGCGCGGCUCUCGGCGCUCGUCAGCCGCGCGCUGGUGCGCGUGGCGCGGGAGGCGCAGCGGCUCAGCCUGCGCUACGCCAAGUGCACCAAGCACGAGGUCCAGAGCGCCGUGAAGGCGGUGCUGUCGUGGACCCUGUCCGUCAACUGCAUCACGGCGGCGCUGGGCGCGCUCUCCCUGUACAACAUGAGCACCGGCGACAGGUUCAGCCGCGGCAAGUCGCUGCGCUGCGGCCUCGUCUUCUCCGUGGGCAAGUUCUUCAGGUGGAUGGCGGAGAGCCGCGUGGCCCUCAGGGUCCACGAGCACGCCGCCAUCUACCUCACCGCCUGCAUGGAGAGCCUGUUCCGCGAGGUGUUCGGCCGCGUCCUGCGCAGCGCGCUCCUGGAGCGCGACAACGGCGUGCCCAAGUUCACGCUGGAGUCGCUGGAGCAGGCCAUCAACGGCGACUCUGAGCUCUGGGGUCUGCUGCAGCCCUACCAGCACCUCAUCUGCGGCAAGAGCUCCAGCGGUGCGCUGAGUCUGCCGGAGAGUUUGAACCUGCACCGGGACCAGCAGCGCUCCGGGAGGGGCGGAGAGGCGUACACCCAGGCCGAGCUCCGCACGCUGGAGCAGUCGCUGCUCGCGACCCGCGUGGGCAGCAUCGCCGAGCUGAGUGACUUGGUUUCCCGGGCCAUGCACCACCUGCAGCCGCUGCACAUCAAGAACCCCAGCAACGGCACGCCGGUCCACCAGAAGGCCAGCGCCGCGGCGCACUGGGAGCCCGAGGCCCUCUACACGCUGUGCUACUUCAUGCACUGCCCGCAGAUGGAGUGGGAGAACCCCAACGUGGAGCCCUCCAAGGUCACCCUGCAGACCGAGCGGCCGUUCCUGGUGCUGCCGCCGCUGAUGGAGUGGAUCCGCGUGGCCGUCGCGCACACCGAGCACCGGCGGAGCUUCUCCGUGGACAGCGACGACGUGCGGCAGGCCGCCAGGCUGCUGCUCCCCGGCGUGGACUGUGAACCGCGGCAGAUAAAAGCGGAGGACUGUUUCUGUGCCACCAGGAAGCUGGACGCCGCCUCCACCGAGGCCAAGUUCCUGCAGGACCUGGGCUUCAGGAUGCUCAACUGCGGACGGACGGACCUGGUCAAGCAGGCGGUGAACCUGCUGGGGCCUGAUGGCAUCAACAGCAUGAGCGAGCAGGGCAUGACCCCUCUCAUGUACGCCUGCGUGCGCGGCGACGAGGCCAUGGUCCAGAUGCUGCUCGACGCCGGGGCCGACAUCAACAGCGAGGUGCCCAGCACAGUAAACAAGCACCCCUCAGUUUAUCCCGAAACGCGCCAGGGGACGCCACUCACUUUCGCCGUGUUGCACGGACACGUCCCUGUCGUGCAGUUGCUGCUGGAUAACGGAGCGAACGUGGAAGGCGCCCUGCAGGAUGGGGCUGAGAACUACACGGAGACCCCGCUUCAGCUGGCCUCCGCCGCGGGUAACUUUGAGUUGGUGAGUUUGCUCUUGGAAAGAGGGGCGGACCCCAUGAUCGGGACCAUGUGUCGGAACGGCAUCUCGUCCGCCCCGCUGGGGGACAUGAACUCCUACAGCCUGGCGGCAGCACACGGCCACAGGAAUGUCUUUCGGAAGCUGCUGUCCCAGUCGGACAAGGACAAGGGCGACGUGCUGUCCCUGGAGGAGAUCCUGGCCGAGGGCUCGGACCCCGGGGAGAAGAGGUUGGCCCUGCAGGCCAACAGCGGCGGGACGCUGCGAACAGGAAAGGCCAAACUGAGAGCGCUGAGAGAGGCCAUGUACCAUAGUGCAGAACACGGCCAUGUGGACAUCACCAUAGACAUCCGCAGCUUAGGCGUUCCCUGGACGCUGCACACCUGGCUCGAGUCCCUGCGCACGUGCUUCGUGCAGCACCGCCGGCCGCUGAUCCAGGGCCUGCUCAAGGACUUCAGCUGCAUCCAGGAGGACGAGUACACGGAGGAGCUGAUCACGCACGGCCUGCCGCUCAUGUUCCAGAUCCUCCGCACCAGCAAGAACGAGGUGAUCAGCCAGCAGCUGUCGGUCAUCUUCACCCAGUGCUACGGGCCCUUCCCCAUCCCCAAGCUGACGGAGAUCAAGAGGAAGCAGACCUCGCGCUUAGACCCUCACUUCCUGAACAACAAGGAGAUGUCCGACGUGACUUUCCUGGUGGAGGGGAAACCGUUUUAUGCACACAAAGUCUUGCUGUUUACAGCUUCGAGCAGGUGUGACACGCACACGACUCCCUCCGUUUCCUCCAGGUUCAAGUCGCUGCUCCAAAACCGCCCCGCAGCGGAGAACACCUGCAUCGAGAUCAGCCACGUCAAGUACAAUAUUUUCCACCUGGUCAUGCAGUAUCUGUACUGCGGCGGCACCGAGUCCCUGCACAUACGCAACACCGAAGUCAUGGAGCUCCUGUCUGCAGCCAAAUUCUUCCAGCUAGAGGCCCUUCAGAGACACUGUGAGAUCAUCUGCUCCAAGAACAUCACCACGGAGACCUGCGUGGACCUCUACAAACACGCCAAGUUCCUCGGCGCCUCGGAGCUCACGGCGUUCAUCGAGGGCUACUUCCUGAAGAGCAUGGUGCUGCUGAUCGAGCUCGACGGCUUCAAGCAGCUGCUGUACGAGCCCCCCGCCGCCGAGAGCCCCGCGUCCAGCCCGGGCAUCUGCUCCGACAUCCUGCUCGACCUGGAGAAGACCCUGGCCACGCGCAUCCACUCCAUCCACCUCUCCACCUCCAAGGGCUCGGUGGUGUGACCGCCGCCGUCCUUUUCACCCGAUCCAGCCCCACAGCAUCCGCCGUCGACGUCACGUGUCCCGCUAAACACAGCCCCCCCCCCUCCCGCAGCCGAAGAGGAGUUUUUAAAUGUCAGGGAUUCCCUUUAAUCCAGCCGCCCGAGGGGCCACUGUUGGCAAAAUCAGAGAGAGAGAACUAAUGGCUCCCACCUCACACCUCAUACAGUAAGAGAAGCUGACAAUAACAGUAACAAAUCAAUAACACGACAGUAUCACUUAGACCAAGCCGCGAUUAUGAGACUUUUCUAUCGUGUCUCAGAUAGAACACAUGCAUGAAGUACAAACUUUUUUUGUUUUUCAUUUUUUAAGCUUAAAAGACGGUAAGAGUCGAAUUUUAAAAAAGCAGCUUCGUCCUCGUCUCGUUUUACAAACGGCAUCAGCUCAGUGCAAGUGGACGCCGUCGGCCCCGUGCAGCGGUCUCUUCACACACGCCCGAAACACAGCGGAUACAAUCGUAGCAAUGCCGGCAGACGGAUUCCUUCUUUUGGAAGGUUGGAACAUUUCAUGCCGUCACCGCCUGCGUUGGUUUUCACUGUGUCAUCAUCGAACCGUGUGCAGAGGCCAAACCAAUCACACCAUCUUCCGCCGUGCGGCAGUGAGAAUCUAUGCCGACGUAUGCUUGAAAAAACAGAGACGUCCACCUGGGAAAUGAACUUGUGAUAACUCCGCGAACACUGUCUUUCUUUUUCAUUUUCAAGUUGUUGUUGUUUGGGUUUUUUGGUUUUUUUUGCAUGACCCCCUCCCCAACUGAGAUGCCCUGAUAUUGCUUUUUCUCAUUUUUAUGCAGAGCUGACUUCACGGACCACCUUUCAUGACGGGGGGGGGGGGGGGGGGGGGGGCAAGGGAAAGGGGGGAAAAAACUGCUGCUUAUUAACUUAUCCACUGCAAAAAAAAACUGACUGGACUGAGCGAACAGGGACGUGGAGAUGGAUUUUGAUUGACAGGGAAGUUCUCUUGAAGACAUUGUAAAUACGUCCUGAAAGUUAUUGUGCUGGUUCUUUUUUUUCUCCCUUUACCCCUUGUCUGUUUUUGUAAACUGAUGUACAGUAUUUCUCCUCGACUCGCUUGGCUGACGACGACACCGGUCUCGUUGAAUGCCCCCCCCCCGAUGCACUUUGUUCCUGCCGUACGUCUCUCUUUUAAUGCAGAGCUGCAUGUUUGAAUCUGUUCGGUGCGUACUUGUCUGUGUCGAUGGGACUGGGCGAGGGUGAAGUUCAAUCACAAGAUUUGUUCCCUUUACAUAUUUUCAGGGUCGAUCGCACGUUUUUCGUACACCUCGCCGCAUCUGGAUUUCAACAAUUGAAUUCAUUAGCGACACCAGUUUUUAUGCACAUUUUAAAUUGGCACGUGAAAACAGGCCCGGUUUUACAGUCGUUCGAGGUGGAAAAGCUGAGAUGAUGAAAUUCGAUAAGAGCAAAACAUUGAAUGGACAUAGCUUCAUCGUGACAAAACAGGAAGCAUGUGACUCAAAUAUCCGCCGGAAUGGCGGCAGAUCACGUUUUCUCUGCAUCAUGUUGGAGAUAUGCCAACUUUUUUAUUUCACUGUGCCCAACUCCCCUCACAUCUGCAGAACAGUGGGUCGGUGAAACAUGAAUUAAUUCGCAUUUUCCUUCGUCAUCAUUUAAUACGCCCUGAAUUCAGACGGUUCCAAUAGUCGGGACGAGAACAAAACCUAAGAAACAUUCAAACUUUGGAGGGAAAGAUAAAUGAAACUUCACCUUCAACUGCUGGUCUUAUAAAAUAAUGUUGUGUCUCAGCUCGCGCGGGGCGGACGCUAAUGACAGGUUUGAGAAAACUGAAAACACAAUGUGAAGCUUGAGAAAAAAUUGCUUUGGACUUCUGAGUCAAAUCUACAUGAAUUCAUCAUGUUUUGUUCCCAAUUUUCUGAGUUCACUGCACUGAUUCACACGUCCGACCGGCUCUUUCUCCACGGCAACCGCAUCAGCAUCAGCAGCAGCAUCAGCAUCAGCAGCCGGGGCGCGUGUCAUCUGACGGACAACCGGAUUCUACAGGUGGUCCUGCACUCAAACAUAAACCUUCAUAUAUUCAUAUAUUGUCUGGAAGAGUUCUGUGUUUCUGUGUCCGGCCCCAUUGAGGAUAUUAUUAUUUUAAAAAGGAAAAUCAAUAUGUAAACAGAGCAGGGAGGAAACAGCAGCUCCUCACAAACUGAACCAAUUACCACGGCAGAAAUUGGAAAACAAAUUAAAAUAUGAAUAUAAAAUAUGAAAUAGAUUUAAAUUACCAAGCUGGGAUUGUUUUUAAAUUACAAAAAAAGAAGUCCCGAGAGUGAGUUUGGGAGGCAAAUUACAGUUUUUCUAUUCAUGUUGACUUUCUGGUGUUUUGUAUUAUUGAUGUGAUAAUUGGCUCCAGUGUUUUGAGACUUGCUCCAUACGAUUGUAUUUCCCCCAAACACAACCUGCUGUGCAUUAGAUAACCACACGUAGGACCAAACGUUAAAGCGGACACCCGUGACCCAGCGUCAGCUCUGGAGGAACCAGCCCUGUUCUUUGAACUCGGUUUUAACGCAUCGCAAUUUGGGAAUAUAUCAUAUUCCACACGGCGUAUUUUAUGAAUGUAACAAUGCAAAGAAAGUUGGAUACUUCCAAAAGUGUGCAAUGUUUCAAGUUCAGCAACAAAACCAAAAGAGAAAGAGAAGAAAAGCUUCCCUCUGUUUCUAUCAGCUCACAAUGCAAAUGUGUCUGAAGUGUCCUCGUACAGUACGUACACUGUAAGUCGUGGUGGUUGUUUCUACAUUAAUCUGACUGGACCGUCACAUAAGAGAUGAAUAUUAUAGUUUUCAAAUAUUGUAGCACACUCAAAAAAAUUGACUUCAAUAUUUGUUUUGGGCCAGAAACAAGAAACAGACAUUUGAAUAGAAACACAGAGGAACAUAGAAGUUGGUUUUCAGUUCUGUAAAUAGCUACAGACAAAAAAAUUGAAAUAUAGAUAUUAUCCUACGACUUUAUUUUCUUACCUUACAUACAUAGCACUAUAUAUUUUAUUUUACAUUCCACAGCUAUUUUGUUUUACAAAAGUGAAAAGAUUAUAUAUAAAAAUAAAAGGUAUGCUUUAAAGUUUUUGAAUUAAGCAAUAUUUCCAUUUCCAUUGUUGUUACUUUGACUCGUAUACGAUGAAUAAUAUGUCGCCGGAGACGGGAGCUAUACAGUAUAAAUGUGAUUUGAAAAAUGCAUAACAGCCUGAUAUUUGUUCAUAUUUUGUCAUAACUCAUUGUGUAUUUUUAUUUGAAAUAUAUUUCACCCGUUCUAAAAAGAGUAUUUCUAACACAUUUGGCUUCUUAUGUUGAAUCAUCUACACAUGCCCAUAUCAUAUUGAACUGAACCAUUUAAAUGUGAAAUGUAACUUUAAAGAUGCAAACCCUUUCUCUUUUCCUUUUUCUUUUUUUCUCACCGCAGAGGUAACAAGGUUCAUAAUGAUGUCAAGCACUUUUUUGUGCCGGUGUUACUGUAGCCUCACACACACACACACACAAUCAGAAGCAUUAGUAUUUUUUACAGCGUGAGUCUUAUCGUGACAGACUUUAGACAGACAGCGGCUGAAUAAUGGCUUUAACAUUGACCGGAUGAGACUGAGCCAAAGGACUUUGAUGGGCUCAUCUCUCUCUCUUUAUGUUUUAGUCUUAAUGUUACGUCCUUAGCAAGAAGACUUAACUUUAGCCACCUGUACCUGUCGCUUCUGAUCCGGGACGGGGGUCAAAGCCGUAGAGUAAAUGUCGGUUUCGCAUGGCUCUUCUUGUUUGAUGUCGUUGAGAAUGUGUUUCUCUGUACACCAGCUUCGUCCCGACGAGACCUCUCUCUCUCUCUCUCUCUCUCUCUCUCUCUCUCUCUCUCUCUCUCCCUCCCCCUCCUUCAGUUGUCCUGAGCGUUUUUUAAAUUUUGUUUUUUGCCUGCGUGUUUUGCUCCUGGUGAUAAAAGAACAUUUCUCCUAGAGGCAGUGGAAACAUGCAUGGGGGAUGUUCACUAUAGGUUUUCAGGGUGGGGGUUACUACUUUUGCAAUUGUAUUAUUUUUUUUCCUUUGAUGAAAAACAUGUAUAUUGUACAAAAUAUGUAUAUGGAAUAUAAAUUAUACAAUGGUGUGAGAAGCAGGGACGUGGUGGAGUAUAACAACAAACAGGAAUGUUACACUCGUGCUACAGUUUCUGUCGUUCCAUGACAUGCUUUUGUGGACAGCUAAUAAACGACCACAGUUAAAAACCA